ACAUUGCUGGACAAAGGAGAUUGGGAAGAGGGAGAUCGCAUCUUAACACAAUUUUAGGGUAGAAUUUAUUUUUACAAACCUCCCUAUACGUUUUUUGCCUUGAUCCAUCCGCUUCCCGCCGAGAUCGGACGGAGCCUUUCUGUCGAUUAUGAAUUUGAUCAACCUACAUUUGGAAGGAAACCUACAUAGUUCUGACAGGAGCUGAAAAUUGAGACGUCAGAGAAAUAUUAGGACAUAAUUUCAAUCAUUUUAGUGCCGAAGGGGAGGCAAAAACUUAGUUUUAUAUUGAGACAGUAAGCCGGCUGAAGGCAGAGAAUGUGUCUCCCUUCCAGGACCUGAUGCAAUCCAUUCAAGCCAACAAGUUUGGAGAGAAUGUUGAGUUCAAUCAAUUCAGAACGUCGAGAUGGAGCCCAACUCACUCCAGUGGGUCGGCUCACCGUGUGGCUUGCACGGACCUUACAUUUUCUACAAGGCUUUUCAAUUCCACCUUGAAGGCAAACCAAGAAUUUUGUCCCUUGGCGACUUUUUCUUUGUAAGAUGUACGCCAAAGGAUCCGAUUUGCAUAGCGGAGCUCCAGCUGUUGUGGGAAGAGAGGACCAGCCGGCAACUUUUAUCCAGCUCUAAACUUUAUUUCCUCCCAGAAGACACUCCCCAGGGCAGAAAUAGCGACCAUGGCGAGGAUGAAGUCAUUGCUGUUUCCGAAAAGGUGAUCGUGAAGCUUGAAGACCUGGUCAAGUGGGUACAUUCUGAUUUCUCCAAGUGGAGAUGUGGUCUCCAAGCUGGGUCAGUGAAAACGGAGUCCCUGGGAAGGAAUGGACAGAAGGAAGCUCUGCUGAAGUACCGGCAGUCAACCUUAAACAGUGGACUCAACUUCAAAGACGUUCUCAAGGAAAAGGCUGACCUUGGGGAGGACGAGGAAGAAACAAACGUGAUCGUUCUCAGCUACCCCCAGUACUGCCGCUACCGCUCCAUGCUGAAGCGCAUCCAGGAUAAGCCGUCUUCCAUUCUCACGGACCAGUUUGCGUUAGCCCUGGGGGGCAUCGCAGUGGUCAGCAAGAACCCUCAGAUCCUGUACUGUCGGGACACCUUCGACCACCCGACUCUCAUAGAAAAUGAGAGCAUAUGCGAUGAAUUUGCGCCAAAUCUUAAAGGCAGACCACGCAAAAAGAAGCCAUGCCCACAAAGAAGAGACUCUUUCAGUGGUGGUAAAGAUCCCAACAACAAUUCCGAUGGCAAGUCCGUUGCCAAGGUAAAAUGUGAGGCUAGGUCAGCCUUGAACAAACCGAAGAAUAACCAUAAUAAUUGUAAAAAAGUCUCCAAUGAAGAAAAACCAAAGGUUGCCAUUGGUGAAGAGUGUAGGGCCGACGAGCAGGCCUUCCUGGUGGCACUUUAUAAAUACAUGAAAGAAAGAAAGACGCCAAUAGAACGAAUACCCUAUUUAGGUUUUAAACAGAUUAACCUUUGGACUAUGUUUCAAGCUGCUCAAAAACUGGGAGGAUAUGAAACAAUAACAGCCCGCCGUCAGUGGAAGCAUAUUUAUGAUGAGUUGGGUGGUAACCCUGGGAGCACCAGCGCUGCCACUUGCACCCGCAGGCAUUAUGAAAGGUAAGGCACCCUUGCUGGGAAAGUCGCGGCUUAGUGAAAAGUGUGUUAAUUCAGGGUUAACGGGUCAAGCACAAGACCUUUGCGGAAACAGGAAAUAUCCCUGGCGUUUUACUUUGCAUACCGCCUUGUGAUUUUUAGGGGACCUGGCUUUCUCUGGUUACAGGAGCUAAUAGAAUUAGAUGUUCUCCGAGUUUGGUUUUAUCCUAUAACCCUGUCUGACAAUACUGAUACUCCCCCCCAACCACAAGCAUGGAUGAUUCAGUAUAUUCUGUGUACUCCGUAGGUUCAUUCACUAUGAGAACUUUCAGCUUCUGGAAAACAGGUCUCGGUAUUACUCUGGAGUUGCCAUGUAACUGUAUUAGCAUAGAAAUGUAUUAAUGUUGAAAGUACUAAUAUUGAACAGUGAGUAUUUCUUUGAUAAGAAAAGCGGUCCUAGAUAAGACCUGUUGUCUUCUUUCCCCAUCUUGGUGUUUUUCUUCUGUGCUUUUGACCCAGGAAGUCCUUUCUUGCCAAGCUCUGUGUAUUUUGGUUUUCUAAUAAUUUCAGCUUCUUUCAGAAAGGUGGUGAUGAUAAUGCAAAGAAGAAAUAAUGCCAAAUUAGCGUACUAUGAGGGUUGUAUCCAUGGGAAUUCUCCCCUUUGCAUUAGGACUGUGUGCCUCACAAAAUUGAAGACCAGUUAGGAUAAAUCAUGUGUUAUCAUUGGUCUGUAUUUUCAGUCCAUACUUGUUUAGGUCAUACCAACGUCCUUAUCACUGGCAUAUCCCUGCAGAGGUCCGGGCAGACUCAGCUUCUUGGUUUCACAUUCAGAGCUUGUGAGGUCCAAGUAGAGGUGUCUGUGUUUUUCAUAAUGGCCAUGGAUGGGAUGAAGUCAAGACACAGCUAAGCAAACGGGCCAUAUCGCUUGCUCCUUUGAAAAGUACAACACAAGUCCCCGUUGAUGGUUGCUCUUCACAUCAUCAGUCACCAUCCCAGCUUCAACCCACAUGCUUAACACCCAUCUUUGGAUCACACAAAUGCAUCUUCAGAUAAUGUCACAUCACACACCAACUCUUAGUCAUAUUUCUAGUCCAAUUGUAUUUUUAUCUGCACCGCACUUUACAGAGUCCCUUUUCAUAUGGCCAUUCGGUGAAAUUUACAAUGUUUUUAUAGGUAUAAUCGUAGUAAAUUAAGUUGGGUUUAGAACCCUAUGAAAAAGCCUCACAAAGUAUUCCCAAGAAACUGCUUUAUUUGACAGUGUUAUAAUCCAGAAAGAUUUUUUUUAAUUGAUAAUGGAAAUUCAAAUUACUAUUCUUCAUAGCAUUGUUGCAGUAUACUGCAUUGGAUUUUUUUUUUUUUAAGUGAGUGUUAUUUCUCUCAGUAUUUAAUACAAAAGACUGUACUCUAACU